AUGAAAAUCUUAUUACUUAUUCUUGCCAUUUGUCCUUUGUACAUCACUUAUGGCCAAACAUGUUAUGGAAAAUAUGAUACCACAAUGACUGGAGAAUGUUUAUCGCCUGAUGCUUGUGGAGGAUCACUAUUAGAUGGAAGAUCUUGUGAAGGAGGAACUUGUUGUAUUUCUCAAACAUUAACAUCCACUGCAACGACUUGUAUUACUGAAAAGGAUUUCGCUGCUUUAUAUCCAACACCACGUGCUCCAUGGCUUCGAGUAGCUUUGAACGCUGGCAUGAAUCUGGCAGGUAUUUGUUCAAAUUGUCAAGCAAAAGCUGCCUUUUUAGCUGUAGCUGCUACAAUGACCAAUGAUUUUCAAAUCGAUGAAUUACAAGGCACCGAUGGUCAGUUUGCUGUCGAUGAUACAAGUUAUGGAAAUUUUCAGCCAGGUGAUGGAUCACUAUUUCGUCAACGAGGUUUCUUUGGUAUUCGAGGACGAACACAAUACACACAAUUGGCAGCAUUAAUGCCACAGUAUGCAAUUCUAGCUAAUCCACAAUUAGCAGCAUUAAUCAAUAUUUCAGCUCAAAUUGCUGGUCAACGCUGGAAAACACCAAAUUUCUUAACUGGACCAGCUUUAACACAAUAUGCUGAUGGUACAUUUUAUGGUUUCUCGAUGUUAUGGUAUAAUUUAACUGGUGGUAUAGAUAAACUAUCAGAUGCAACUUUACGAUAUGCAAAAUUUCUUAAUAAUUCACAAUGUGGUGGUGGUGAAUUGUAUCCUGGUCAAGGUCCGAUUUGUCAAUAUAAUACUACACAUAAAGGUACGUGUACACCUGAUUGCAUACAAGGAUUAGAAGAUGGAGGUGAAUAUUGUGGUUGUAGUGGUGGAAAAGGAGAGCAAUGCCCAAAUAGUCCUCCACAUGUUAUAUGUUGUUUGGAUACAUGUUCUCAGGAACUUAAAUUGGAUUUAGGCAUUGUUAUGGAUUCUAGUGGUAGUGUAGGUUCUAGUAAUUUCCAAUUACAAUUAACAUUUGUAAGAGAUUUAUUGAGUAAAGUGAAUGUUGGAGAAAAUAAAACUCAUGUUGGUAUUAUAAAUUAUUCCACUAACGUUCAAACAUUAACAAAUUUAAAUAAAGAAUAUGAAUUGCGUCAGAAAAUUCAACAAGUUAAUAAAGCUAACUUCAUCGGUGGUAGUACAAACACAGCUGGAGCACUUCAACAAGCUAAUACUGUUUUCUCACCUGCAAAUGGUCUUCGGCCAGAAGGAGAAGGUGCUCAACCACUUAUAUUUCUUAUUACAGAUGGACAAAGUGAUGAUCAAACAGCAACAAUUAAUGCUGCAGCUGUUCUCAAAGACAAUGGUAUUCAUAUAGUUACUGUUGGUAUUGGUAAUAGUCUUGAUCUUGUUGAAUUAACUGCUGCUUGUACACCACCGGCUUACGAAAACUAUUUUCCAAUGUCUAAUUAUGCAGCACUCGAUCAAAAAAUAGCUCAGUUUACAUCCAAAGUAUGCUCAGAACCAGCUCCUAUUCCAGAAAAUACAACUGUGACUGGCGAAUGUGGCAAAGAUAAAUAUAAAUUUUUGAAAAUUAAAAUUAUCAAAGUUGGAAACAAAUUUAUGAUUAAAAUUAAAUUAUUCAAUGGAAAAGUUAAAAUAUUUUUUUCAUUUAAAAGCCGUAAUCCAAAAGAUCCAGCGGAUUUCUUAACCUAUAAACCAAAACGUUCAACAGCUACAAAAAAUGCCCCAGUAGUAGAUGAUGAAUCAGAAUUAGUGCUUGAUAAACCAAAUGCAGAUGUAGAAUUUGUUUAUUUAGGUGUUAAAGGUGUAGAAGACGACAAUCAAUUUGAAGUUAAUUUUGAUGAUUGUGCAAAUGUUUUUUGUAAAUCCAGUGCAUCAACAAUGACAAUAAGCAUGGUAUUAAUUAGUAUUUGCAUUGCUCUUUUUUCAUUUUAA